AUGGAGAUGGUGAAUGACAUCGCGAUUCAAGUGGGGAUGAUUUUGUUCACUGUAUUGUUGUUUCUUUAUAUGAACGAUAUUCCCGGAAAAGCCCUAGCUAAGCUCAGCUUAUGGUACAACCAAACCAAUCUCGAAGCCAAGCGCCACUUCGUCCUCGGGGCUCAGCGCCUUGCGCAAGCCAGAUCCCCCAACACUCCUCACUCCGACGUCAUCUCCCUCGCCAAAACUGCCGCAGAGGAAGCCGACAAGGCACUCUCCCUCAAUCCCAAAGACGCCGCGGCUCACAUCCUCAAAGCCCUAGCUCUCGACCUCCAGGGCUUCAGGCUCUCCGCGCUGGACUCCCUGGACGCCGCCCUCUCCCCACUGGCCGUCAAGUCCCUCACGGAUGAGGAGCGAGGCGACGCGCUGAUCAAGCGGGCACAGUUGAAGAUUGGGUUGGAUAAAGUGGGGCGAGUGGAUUCGGCGGUGGCAGACCUGGUGGAAGCGGUGAGGGUGGGUAGUGAGAAGGACAAGGCGUAUUGCCUGCUGGGGGAGUGUUAUGAGAUGAAGGAGAUGAAGGAGGAGGCCACAAAGGCGUAUCAGGAGGCCAUUACGAUCCAACCCAACUCCGCCCUCGCUCGAGAUGCCUUGGACCGCUUGACCUCCCGUUGACUUUGCUCCACUUUGCUCCUCUCCUAUGUUACUGUUCUUGCCUUUUCAUUUCAUGUUCUUAGUCCUAACCACAAAUGAAGUCGAGUUUUUUCCAUGUCCA